AUGUCAGCCCGACUCGGAUUUAUAGUGCUAAAUACUGGCGCAGCAACAACCUUCCGAAAACCAGGAUGCGAGGAAACCACGCCAGACAUCACACUAGCAUCAGAAGGCAUAGCAGGCACCAUAAAGGAAUGGAAAGUAUUGGAAGAUUACACUGGUAGCGAUCACCAAUACAUCUCUUUUAUAAUAGACUCCAAAAACGAUGGUUUACGAAAGAAGAUGCAAUGUAGCACUCGCAAAUGGAAUGUCUCGAAAUUAAAUAGUGAAGCACUACUAUCUGAAAUAAAUGCGCAUGGCUCAGAAGAAUCCUCUCACAAUAACGCAAUGGAAAUAGUAGAGACUACAAUGAAAAUGAUCUCCAGAGCGUGUACCAAAGCGAUGCCGACAAUUGGAAGCAAUCGACACAAAACACCUGCAUAUUGGUGGACGGAAAACAUAGCUCAACUAAGACGAACGUGCCUCCACCUGAGGCGUACUUACACCAGGGCCAGGCGUAGAAGCGCGGCAAUCGAAGAGGCACAACUAUACCAAGCUGCUAGAAAAGAACUAAAACGAGGACAGCAAGAACAGAAAGUGGAAAGAACUGCGUGA